AAGGGCAGGUUUGAGAAGUCAGUCUGGCUUUCUAUUUCUAAAACUUAUUCUCUCCAAAAGUUGCAAGCUGCUUUGGCCCUUUGAAGGAGGUCGUUGAGGGAAGGGUAGAUGAAGUGCAGGCAGCAGAAUUGAUUCAUGAGCGUUUAGCAAGCAAAAGCUCUCUCAUUGAGUUGGAUGAUUUGUGGAGUGCAACGGAGGAAGAUAACUUGAUAUCUGCACUUGGCCUUCCAACUGGGCAUAAUAGCCAAUGCAAAAUUUUGGUUACAACACGAAGCAGAGAUGUGUGCAGUAGCAUGAGCGCCCGUGUUUGGGAGCUCUUUUGCUCGUUUGCCUUCCCCGACUGCCAGCAAAAUCAACCGCCACAUCAACUUGAAGCGAUUGCCUAUCAAAUUGAAGGGGAAUGUUGAAGAUUACCCCUGGCUGUAAAAACAGUAGCAACAUCUCUGGUGGGUAGGAGAUUGUCAAGGGAGUGGGAAUCCAAAUUGGAGAAGCUAAAAAAUGCGUCUACCGACAAUCGAAUUAUGCAGAUUCUCAAGCUGAGUUAUGAUUCUCUCCCUCCUCAUCUUAAGCCUUGUUUUGUAUAUCUUUCUUUCUUUCCCGAGGAUAUGGAAAUAGAUUCACAAUAUCUCAUAAACUUGUGGGUAGCAGAAGGAUAUAUUCCUCAAGAACAGGGCCAGAACCAGCUAGAUAUUGGAUGGAGUUAUCUAUGUCAUCUUCACAGUCUAUGUUUGGUCGAGAGAAUAGGCAACAUGUAUGAUCAGGUAGAUAAAAGGUUCAAAUUACAUGAUUUAUUGCUUAAUUUGGCAAUCAGUAUAGCAAAAGAAAAUCAAAGUGCAUUUAAUGUAGAAGAAUCCUUCAGAAAAGGUCCAGUUAUGCAAAUGACCAGUAGUUACCGAAGGAUUUUAAUGGGAAUGAAAAGCAUAGGUAACGGUGAUGUAGUUGUAAUGGCAAGCAACAUGGCAUAUUCUGCAUCAUGUCUUCACACUCUCUCUUUCUCACAAAAUGGAGGGAUUCGAAAUAUCCCACCAAUCUUGCUUAGUGGUGCGAGAGUAUUGCGCGUUCUUGACUUGAGCUGCACUGAAAUUUCAUCAUUGCCUGCCUGUGUUGGAAAUUUGAAGCUCCUCAGAAUUUUGAAUUUAAGUGGGACAAAAAUUGCCGAGGUGCCCGAAUGUGUAAAAAGCAAUUUGAGUCUUCGCUUCCUUGACAUUUCUAUGUGCUUGAAUCUAGAACGGUUGCCUCAGUGGAUUGGUGAACUGAAGUGCCUAGAACAUCUAGAUAUACGCCCAAGCAGUUCUAAAAAAAUUGAUGGAUCGAUACCCAAAGGAGUAUCAAAUCUUGUGUCUUUACAAGUAUUAAAAAUUGAUGGCGACAACAAACUAUCCAUUGUUGAGAAUGAAUUUUUAAAGCUGGGGCAUUUUGUCAAUUUGGUCAACCUUCAGGAACUAUGGAUAGAUAUUUGCCAUGAGGUUCAAUUGAAAGGUAUAGAAGAUGGGAUCCUUGGCACAUUGGUCAAGAUGCGUAAUUUGACAAUACAGAACUAUUAUUCUGAUGAAGAUCUGCCACAUGUAUCAGAGAAAAUGUUAGCUAUGAAGGAUCUUGAAUACCUUUCCUUAUUACAGUAUGCAGUGCCAAAUUGGAUAUGUGGCUUUUGAAAUCUGCUGCAAUUGCAUUUAGAGAAUUGUGAUUCAGCUGAAUAUCCAGCAUUAGAAAUGAUGCCCAACUUAAUGAAGUUGCAGUUGUAUUAUAAUGAUAUUUGUAAGGCAUUUCCGAAAGGGUUCGGGAAGGUCGGGAGAUUCCCUCAGUUGCGUUCUUUUAGUAUUGAACUCUUUCAAGAGUUAGAGGAGUUGCCUGAAUUGGAGAAAGGGGCAAUGCCAUGUCUUGAGGUGCUAGCUGUUGGAAUCUGUCCCAAACUGAAGGAAGUUCCAUGUCGAUUGGAGCUCUUGAAAAGUCUAAAAGCGUGUCACUUUUGGCAAACAGGAGUGACACAUCUGUUCGAGGAGAGUGGAGAAUUGUGGACUAAAAUUAAAGUCAUUAACCCCAAUGUCGUUAUUGAGGCUGGGUAAGUGAUGUUAUGGAGUU